UUCACUCCUAUCCUCCUCCUCUUCGAAUGGCGCAAAAGAUUGGCGCGGAAACACCAUCCUGGCCUGAGCUCCUCGGAUCCGAGCACUGGUCCGGCCUUCUCGACCCUCUCGACCAAUCCCUUCGCGUCUUCCUCCUCCAAUGCGGUGACAUGUGUCAGGUCACCGGCGAUUCCUUCAUCGGCGACGACCACUCCAAGUACCGUGGCAUGUGCCGCUACCGCCCCAGCACCCUCCUCGACCAAGUGUUCUUCCCCUACGCGGCCAACUACGACGUCAAGGAGUACCUCUACGCCAUGUCGCAAAAUUCGUCAAACAAGACCAAGGAGUCCAAUUGGAUGGGCUACAUCGCCGUCUCCAAGGACGCAUACACGAAGCGUACCGGGCGCCGCGAGAUCUACGUCGUAUGGCGCGGCACGGGACGGCCGUCGGAGUGGUGCGAGGACUUCACGACCGGUCUCGUGCCAUUGGACCCCGACAAACGAGAUGUGAUGGUCAUGCAAGGCUGGAACGACAUCUACACGUUGAAAGACAGCGAUUCGCAAUUUCCAUGCAACGCAACCAGUGCAAGGGAGCAGUUAUUGAGUAAGUUAAAAGAGCUAGUGGAGCUAUACAAGAACGAGAGCCUUAGCAUAGUGUGCGUUGGCUACAGCUUGGGAGGCGCCCUCGCCAUCUUGAGUUCUUUCGAUAUGGUGAACAAAGGACUGUCCAAGAUAGAAGGCAAGGCGGAGGAGUACUUCCCAGUAUGUGCCGUGGUGUUUGAGAACCCCAAAGUUGGGAACAAGGCCUUCAAUAAAAGGUUUGAGGAGCUGCCCAACCUUCGAGCUCUACGUGUCCGGAAUACUCGGGACAUCGUUCCAUUGUGGCCAAUUUCAACCGACUACGUUGACACCGGCUCAUUUCUGGAGAUAGACGCCAAUAUGUCGCCCUACUUGAACAACUCUGUGAAUAACCACGACCUGCAAGUGGUCCUCCACACGUUGGCUGGGUGGACCUCGAAGGGCGGCGAGUUCCACUUGGAGGUGAAGAGGAGCCUGGCGCUGGUGAACAAGGGGGGCGGCUACUUGAAGGAUGAGUCGCAGAUACCGGAGGCGUGGUGGGUGGAGAAGAACAAAGGAAUGGUACUGUCUGAGGAUGGAGAGUGGUACGAGACACCUGGAUGGAACUGCAAGUCAUCCAGUAAUGGCCACCAGCUCUGAAGAUCCUAUGGCUCCCUGCCUGCCUGCCUACCCUAAAUAAAGUUGUCACUCCCUGCUGGCUCUCUAUCUCUCUGUGUCUGUGCGUGCGCGCGCCGGUCGCCGCGGGGGGUUAUGACAAGAAGAACUAGUGCAUGCAUGCAGCAGUCACGUACGUACGCUUCAAACUUGAAACUUGUGUGGCGAUCAGUUUCUACUAGAUGUGUGUAAUUGGGUCAGUAAGUGAAGCACGUGCUUCGCUGAAUAAUAAUAAAUAAAGAUCCUCUGGUUUGA